AUGCAUAACAAGGACAAGAACACGGCGGACAGCCAUGAGCCUAGGGAACUCAUCGAGUCCCACGGUAGCAGCGGCGAUGAGCAUGCUGAGAUUCUCGAGGAGUCGACGCAGUUAGCAUGGUCGCCGUCCACUCACGAGAUCCUGAUCAUGGUUGUGCUCUCCCUCCUGUCUCUCAUGGUAUCGCUGGACGCCAGCGUGAUCAUGACAACCCUACAGGCAAUUGUCGUGGACCUCGGCAGUGAUGCUACACAAGGAUUCUGGAUCGGAACCGCCUACCUACUCGCAAACGCGGUGAUGAUGCCCGUCAUCGCGGGCAUUAGCGAGAUCUUUGGCCGUACACUGUGCCUCAUGUCCUCUCUCGUCCUCUUCGCAGUCGGCACGAUCCUGUGCUGCAUUACUCACGAUAUUGCCAUCAUGCUUGCCGGUCGUUCACUCCAGGGAAUCGGCGGCGGCGGGAUUGUUGUUCUGGCACUUGUUAUCUUCACCGACAUUGUACCACUGCGGUUUAGACCCAAGUGGUACGGCGCUGUACUGGGUGCCUGGGCUCUGGGAACCUGCAUCGGACCUCCGAUCGGCGGCGCUAUUGCUCAACACACAACCUGGGGAUGGGUUUUCUAUAUGAUGUUUCCCCUGUUAUCCCUAGGACUGGUACUGGUACCCUUGCUGUUGACCCUGAAACCCCCAACCGCAAGUUUUCGCACAAAACUACUGGAGCUGGACUGGAUCGGAGGAUUCCUCUUCACUGCAUCAAUGACCUCAUUCCUCAUCGCAGUCUCCUGGGGAGGCACACAGUUCGCGUGGGGUGCCGUGCAGACCAUCCUACCGCUGGUGCUUGGCAUUUGUGGGCUCAUUGUCGCGGUAGUGUACGAGGGCUGGUGGGCUAGGAAACCGAUGCUUUCGCCAGCUCUUUUCCGCGACCUUUCGAGCACUACGACCUACCUUUGUGGCAGCAGCCAGGGACUUCUUCUGUUUGGUUGCUUCUACUACGUCUCUUGGUUCUUCAUCGCGGUCAAGCAAUUCUCACCGCUGAAUGCGGGGAUUUCCAUCCUGCCUGCAGGAUUCAGCACCGUUCCGGGUGCCAUAGUCUCGGGCGCCAUCGUGACACGUACUGGCCGAUAUCGCUGGGCGAUCUGGGCUGGGUGGGUGGUGAGCACGAUCGGCCUGGGCGUGCUAACCACCUGGGACCGCGACACGACGACUGCGGUGUGGGCCACGACAAUGGUCAUCGUGGGCCUCGGCCAAGGCGUUGUCCUCAACGCACAGAACUUUGCGGCGCAGGCGCAGUGCAAGCCUGGCGACGAGGGCGCCGCCGCGGCCAUGUAUGGCUUCGUGCGGCAGCUCGGGGCCGCCCUGGGCGUCGGCAUCGGCGGGUCCAUCUUCCAGAACGUCAUGGCGCUCAAGCUGGGCUGGGAAGGACUGGACACGGCCAUCGCCAAGAACGCCGAAGGGUACAUCGUCUUCAUCCAUGCGCUGCCUGACGGGGAUCCCUUCAAGACCAAGGCAAUGGACGCAUACGUGUUCGGGUUCCGCGGUGUGUUCUGGGCGUACUUGGCCUUGUCCGGAGCCUGCUUCCUGCUCAGCCUGACCAUACGACAUCACGACAUGAACAGGGACGUCACCACAGUUCACACGCUCAAGGAGAGUAAGAUCAAGCGCCUGUCGAGGCGGGAUCCGCUCGAGCAGGCACAAGCUCGGGAGACACACGAAUUGGUCUGA